CCUUUUUAUAUUCAACAUCGCCAGAGAACAACCACCAAAAUCAUGCACAACCAUUUGCUGUUUGGGAUUGUCUGCCGGACUGCCAGUCAUCUUUCCUUAUCUCAUAUUUAUUAGAACAAGAAGAUAGUCUCCUUUUCAAUCUAAUAAUCCCUAGCCCCUCUCUUUAUAUUCAUUAAACGAAGUAAACUUCCUGCACGUGGAGCCUUUGUUAUGUUUCCAAGUUUACACGUCCUGGUGAAAAGAUUUGGUUCCGAGAAUUGAUAAAAUGGCUCCUAUCAACCGGUCUCCUAAGCAUAAAAGGCGUUUCGGAAUCAUUCCUGAUGACUAUGUCUUUGCACAGGAGUUAGAGGCACAAAGAAAAAAUACCGAAGGUUAUGGUAAUGGUAAUGAUGAGGAUAAUGAAGCUCUCCCUAAUGAGGGUCCGCUGACUUUUGCCAAUAUUAUUACGGAUGCAUUAAUUGGUUAUCUUACCGCAAACCAGGUAACUAUUAUUAUCAACCAUACGUUGCUCUAGGGCCACAUUCAAUUGACCUCAAAAGUUUGAUGGUUAUCAUUGAUUUCUAGAAGCGCUAAUUCGAGACUAUAGAAUGCAUCAGAAGAACCUCUACAGAAGCGACAGAAAGUUGUAACAGGAUCUGGGUUGCAAUCAUCGAACGAUCAUGUGUCGGGAGAUUUCAUCGUCGUCAAGGAAUCUUCGUGGAAAAUCAGAUGUCUUCGAUCAAAGUUAUCUUCGGAUAGCACAGCCUUGGGUAAGCAGAAAAUCCGCUUUAAUUGCCUCUGGGAUCGGCAGAAUGAGAAAUCCUGGCCAUCUCAUAUCGCAAUUGAAGAUGACGAUGGUAAUCCUUUGCUUAUCAUACCCUUGUCACUUGGGAAUACAUUGACGAGCAUUCCCAAUUCCUUAAAUGACGUCCUUAUUUGUCUAAUGGUUGACCGGGACUCUAAAAAGCACGUUCGACAAUCAAGUAAGUUAUGGACAGAGGCUGGAAUAAGUUUGCAUAAAAGGGACGGCUCAGAUUAUAUACAAAUCCAUUUUACUAUCAAAUGGGAGGUAGCAACUCACCCUGGGUCGAUACAGCUCAAGAAAACAGAUGCCAUGUUAAAGGUUUUAAACACUUACUUCCCUGAUCCAAAUCGCACGAACUUGGAUCCGCUCUCUGCGCAAGAUUUCUAUCAAUCUGCACAUUCGUCAGAUCCCGAUGAUGAGAUUCCUGCCUCCAUCGAAACACCCCGCUUGAAAUCAACCCUUUACCCAUUUCAAAAGCGAGCUGUACAAUGGCUGCUUCGCAGAGAAGGUGCUGAAUGGUCUCGCGCGGCCGCAAAUGUCAGGGAGGCACAUUUCAGGGUGGCAGAUCAAUUGCCUGUCUCGUUCAUUGCAGCAACAGAUUUGAAAGGGCGCUCUUUUUAUGUCAGUCAUUUAUAUGGAAUAGUUACCUUCGACCUUGCUCCUUUCUUCUCAGUGGAGCGAGAAAUCAAGGGUGGUAUUCUUGCAGAGGAGAUGGGCUUGGGUAAGACUGUAGAAAUGAUUGCUCUGUUGACACUUCACACCCGUCCUAAUCAAGGUCCAUCGACUAUCGAUCCAUUUUCUGGGGAGAAUCUACAGACAACAAAUGCGACCCUAAUAAUAUCACCACCGUCUAUAUCAAGUGAGUGUUUAAUCAAAAUUGCGCGUCGAUCAUAGCAUCUGUUGACAAUAUUCAGAGCAGUGGAUCAGUGAGAUCAAAACCCAUGCGCCACAUCUCAAGGUUACUUACUAUGAAGGUAUCAAAAGCCGGAUACUUAACCAUGAGGCAAUAAUGGACGACUUUGCCACCUCCGAUAUAGUCAUUACGACGUAUGCUAUACUUGCAUCAGAGAUCCAUUUCACCAGUCGGAAUCCGGGGAGAACAUUGCGCAAGGAGUCAAAAUACCGAAGACCCAAAUCGCCUUUAAUGCAGUUCUCGUGGUGGCGCGUGUGCCUAGAUGAAGCACAAAUGAUUGAGAGCAGUGUUAGUAAUGCCGCAACUGUCGCAAGGAUGAUACCUCGAAUCAAUGCUUGGGUAAUCACAGGCACUCCGGUAUGUGUUUCCAGCUAUUAAUAUCCUCUGCUCUUCCUCAUUAGGGCUUCCAAUUGUCCCUAUUGCUGUCCAAGUUCGAUACAUUUAGAAGGUUUCCAAUGUUCGAAAACCUGUGAAGCAUUGAGUCAAUUUAGUGUUUGCAGUGGGCUCAUUCCUUAUGGAUUCAUCACAUCGAUUGGUUGGAUAUAUAAAAGAUAUUCAGCCAUUAAUGCUAACUCAUUGUCGGCCUACAAUACGGAUCAUUGGAGAACCUAAAACCACACCUUUUUAUUCACCAUAUGAGAUGAAAUAAACUGAUUGUAGCCUAGGUCAGAAAGAACAUCAAAGACUUACUAGGACUCCUCAUCUUCCUAAGAUAUGAGCCCAUAGUUUCGCUCUGGCCAUCAUUCAUAUCCUCCAAGCAAGACUUCCACAAGUUGUUCGGAUCCAUCAGCUUACGUCACUCGAAAAAAAGUGUCCGUAAAGAGCUGAACUUACCCAAACAACGCCGCUUCGUAAUAACUAUGCCUUUUAAUGCCAUUGAAGAAGCAUACUACCAAGAGUUAUUUAGUCAAAUGUGUUCAGAAUCGGCAUUAACCCCGGAGGGUAAGCCUCUUGUAAACGGCUGGGAUCCGAAGGAUUAUGCCGAGGUGAUGAGACGCUGGCUUGUACGGUUGAGACAGGUUACAUUGCACGCGGAAGUUGGUGGACGCAAUAAACGAACCAUUAGGCAAAAUGGAAGUGAAGAUGGCUCGGAACCAGUUGUUCAAGCGGCAAGUAAGUCGGGAAACAUAGUAAUGAUGUGCCUCAGAGUGAAUACUAAUAACAUUAUUAGGUAAGGUUCUCGAAGUUAUGUUCUCACAAACAGAUGUUGCGAUUAGAACAAAUCAUCGGUCACUUCUUCUUUCUCGGCUAAAAAAAGGGCAAUUGUAUGAGGACUCACCUCGAGUUCAAGAGGCUUUGAAAAUCUGGGAGGCAGUAAUCUUAGAGUCCUCUGUUGGUCUAGGUGAAGCUAGAGAUGAGUUAAUCGGCGAAAUAUCGUCGGAGAAAGCGAAGCGCGCUUUUCGUCUAGAGAAAGGUUCGGAUUUGUCAACAGCCGAAGCUGAAGAGACAAUUGCCUCAAGCCAAGGUCAAAGCUCUGGAAGGAUCAAUGAUGAAGACGUUGGAGUACAAGAUGGGUGAGGACUUUUUGAAUCGUCUUACGAACACUCUAACACAUUUUCACUUAGAUUGGAUCCUGCCUCCCCGAUAGGACUGAGUCGAGCACGGUUGAGGGCCGCUUUAGAACUCCAUCACAUGGCGGUGUUCUUCCGCGCAAAUGCUCACUUCCAGAUUAAGACAAACGAGGAAAUGACAAAACCGAAAUCUCCAGAGUUUAAAAACCUUGAUAUACUCGAAAGACAAGGUUACAAAGAAGCUAAGGACUUACGCCGCGAGAUAUUACAAGAUGUAAGUUCUGUAUUCCACUAGUGCAUGUUUGCAAUACUCUGAAUUGAAGCUCCAAUUUUUUUUCCCUGGCUUCCAAAAUUCGUUACGAAGAGAGUACUCCCCAAUUCAAAUAGAAACUUCUAAUCAAACAAGGCUAACCAGAUCAUAGGCCUUUAGCAAAGCAAACUCCAUGAUGAUCACAAUUAGAAACGAUACAGAAUCCCGUACACACCUCCAAUUGCCCAAAUACAUUCCCAACACUCUCAGCGGGGGGCCCGAAAGUCGCCGUAUCAUGGAAGAGUAAGUUGCAAACAUCUGCAUUUCUAAUCAAACCAAUCAUUCAGCUAGAUUUCCCUAGAACAUUAUGCCCUAUACAUACUUACUAACUAACACUUGGGCAGCCUCGAAAGACUCGGGAUUCAUCUAGACAAUCAAGCCCAUCAGAUUGAUGAAUGGCGAGAUCAUCUCAGACGGAUUCUGUUGAGCCCAUUGGUCGACAACGAUGAUGAUGAAGUAGCUAUUAGUGGAGAUGAAUAUGAGAAUUCCACAAAAGUACAAGAAGAAGUUGUAGUAUACGUGCAAGCAUUGCGGACAAUGAUUGCGGAUAGACAAGCAUCGUUGAGCGGAAUACGGAAUUAUCUAACUGACGAAGAAGCUAAAAACGCUUUACGGGAAGCGAAAAAGGGCGAAGGACCUUACCCAGAACGACUGCUUGAACUGUUCAAUAUAAGACACCGCUUUGUCGAUGAACGCAAUAGUGUUAGGGGGGCUCUGUCAGCGCUCCGGACCCUCGUGUCUAAACUCAAGGCAAAUAAUGCACAAAAUGAACUCUCGAUUGUUGAAUCUCAACUAAAAACGACUCACAAACAACUCAUGGAUCAAACGAAAGUGGCUGCAGCUCUAGAGAAGGAAGUAGGGCUGUUCACAAAGUGUAUGAAUUUUCGAGUGGAAUAUUAUAAACAACUACAAGCAAUUUCAAAUCAGGUAGCUCCGUAUGCAGGUCCAAACAAUGACGAUGUUGUUGUGAAGAUGCUAGGAAAUGAGCAGGUACUUAUCCAGCGCUUGGCUGCCUUGAGAGCCAAGAAAAGAUAUCUGGUUCACCUAAAAGAGGAAGCAGAAACCCCUCAGGAUACGCGAAUGUGCAUCAUCUGCAGAGAAGGGUUCGAGCUUGGAGUUUUAACCGUCUGUGGUCAUCAAUUCUGUUCCAUUUGUAUCAAGCAAUGGUGGAAAUGUGAGAGCCCAAUUACCUUGAAUGCCGCAUACAUAUUACUAACCUAUUGAAGCACAUCAUAGUUGCCCUGUCUGUAAAAAGAAAUUAAUUCACGCGGAUCUUCACGAAAUUACUUACAAGCCACAAGAACCAACAGUGACCACCGAAACAGAGGAGGUUAGAGAGCCACUGAAGGAACGGUCGCUUAAUUCCAACACCUUUCAAAAAUCCGCAAUCUACUCAGAUGUCAGCCGAGCUACUCUUUCUGCCAUCAAGAAUGUCGAGCUUCCUGGUAAUAACUCAUUUGGUACCAAAAUUGAUACACUGGGUAUGUAAAUGUUGACUCCAUUUCACAAAGCACCACUAACUACUUCCAAAAAAGCCCGCCACAUUCUUUACCUUAGAGAAUCAGAUCCUGGCUCAAAGUCAAUCGUUUUUUCCCAGUUUGCAGAAUUUUUACCGAUCUUGGCUCGCGCAUUCCGUGUAUUUCGCAUCGGCUAUGCAUCCAUUGAUAAGCCUAAUGGAAUUGAGAUAUUUAAAAAUGAUCCCAACAUAGAGGUUUUCCUGCUACACUCACGAGCGCAUAGUGCUGGAUUGACACUAGUCAAUGCUAGUCAUGUGUUCAUCUGCGAACCUUUAUUGAACACUGCCCUGGAAAUUCAGGCCGUAGCACGCGUCGAUAGGAUUGGUCAACUUGUCGACACCAAUGUUUACUUACAUAUUAUUGGCAAUAGUGUUGAACAAUCAAUCUAUGAGUUAUCUGUUAAGAGACGCCUAGAGCACCUGGGACAUGCAGCCAAAUCGAAAAAAGGGAAGGAGAAAGAGCUCUCGGAUGAAGAACUGGUAGCGCAUGGUCUGGAAGAGGCUGAUAGUAUAGAGAUGCAGGAAUCAAUACUUGCGAAUCUUAUGGCCAAGGGCAAGAGUGGUGAAGUCGUUGCAGAGAACGAUCUAUGGACUUGCUUGUUUGGUGGGAGAACGAAGCGGGAUACUGUGGAUCUUACUGGUGAUGCUACUGGGGAAGAUUCAAUAGCAUAGUAGAUCCUAGUGGCAGUGAUGCAGCUCAAGAUACUGAGGAUUCGUUCUGCGCGGUAGAUUAAAAUGGUAGGGACAGAUAAAUCAUUUGACUAUAAUCGACUGGGUAGCUGGAAGGCACAUAGAUUAAGGUGGGAGACACCGUAUGGUUGGGGCUAUUUGAUGGGUAUCUGAGUUAUCACGGUGAUGAUAUCAUGCACGCGACGCUCAUGGCCAAGUGUUGGGACAUGGUUCGGGACACGGGGUAUAUUUACACAAUCAGCCAAAAUUGGCGACAAGCACAUAGCCUUUAAUUUGCGGAGUUUUUAUGGCUUUAGAGCUCCUUUUAUUGCAGAGCCUC